AUGUCCUACGCCGAAGCCGCUGCCUCCUCUGGGCCUACCGGAGCCAACAAAUUGCCAUCGCCACCUAAAGUCAAGCAAACUUCCGACCCUUCUGGAAACGUUGAAACCGUGAAUGCAAAGGAAUUCGAAAAGUUGAAAAAACAAGGCAAGCAAGAAGCCCACGAUAUCAUUGAAAAGAACAACGAAAAGGCCAAGCGUGUCGAAGAGGAGCUCGAGAAAUUGGAAAGAGAGGGCAAGUCUAUCUUAAACAAGGUGAUUGCCUCCUUGCAAGACGGAGCCGCGCAAUUAUCACAAUACUUCAACGGAGCAGGCGCCAAGCUCCAGUCUGAAUCCUGCACUGUGGUUUCCAGAACUGCCACUGAAUUACAAAACCCUGUAGUGGUGGCCCAGGCUUUGGUGGGUGUGACUGGUGCCAUUGCUGGUUAUUUUGCCUACUUGGAGAGAAAGAGAAUCAACACCGAAAGUGGCCUUGUCUUGGGUAUCCACGCUUCCGUCAUCACCGGGUUGGUGCUCGCAGACGGUUACUUGUUCAACAAGUUCUACCCAAAAUAUGACAAGAAGAGACUCUAG